AUGAACUACGACGGCGACGACGACUAUAAUCGCAAUCACAUCUCCGCAGUUCCACUUCAUCGCUAUCCACAGACCUUGCGUCAGAACUCCUCCGUCACCCCCGGCGUAGACAAUCUUGGCCCUUCUUCGGUCGGCGGUGGCAUCAGCGGAAUCGCUCUCGGCGUCGCCAACAGCCACGAUCGCUUGAGCGGCAUUGACGCAGUACACAGCAUGGAUCACGACGGUUUCACCGGCCCGGCCGAGCGCGGCUAUCACACCACCGGCUCGGACAACCCGUACAUCCCCUACAACCCGAAUGUGAACAGCGCCGAAUCACUACGCGCAGGUCCCUCGUAUGGAUCGAGUGUCGCGUUCGGUGGCGCCGCUGCGACCCCUGGCUACGAGACCCCCUCCCAUUCAUCGACCCAUUUGAGCGACGUGAGCAGUCAUCAACGCAGCAUGAUGGAGCAAUUCCCCAGCGGAUACGGUGGGGGAGGUCUGGUCGGCCUGGGCCCAUAUCAACGACAUUCACAAUACAGUUCGGGGCAUAUCCCGGGUGAAAUCAACCCCGAUGACAUUGCAGAUGACGGGGACGAUGAGUUUGAGCCGCGAUCGCGGAAUGCGGCCGCGGCCGCGGCGGGAGGGGCAGCGGCCGGAGGCAUGCUUGGUGGCAUUUUCCAUCGCAAUGGCCAUACCGACCCCGACUACGGCCCCGUCCCCGGCAAUGGGUUAGAAGCGGGCAUGCGCAAUGGUGCAGGGCAAGAAAAAGCGACCGCCCGGACGGGCAUGUCGAAUCGCAAAAAGCGCGGGUUAAUCGCCGGCGGCGUGCUCGCGCUCAUUGUCUUGGCCGCGAUCGUGGGCGGUGCGUUGGGAGGCACACUAGGUGCCCAGCACGGUCACUCGGCGUCCGAAUCGCCUGUAUCCAGCGCCGGAUCCGCCACGAGCGACACGGCACAAAAUGGCGAUCUGAACAAAGACUCCAAGGAGAUCCAGGCGCUCAUGAACAAUCCUGAUCUUCACAAAGUGUUCCCCGGCAUGGACUAUACUCCCUGGGGUGUCCAGUAUCCGCUGUGCUUGAAGUAUCCGCCUUCUCAGAACAACGUCACCCGUGACCUGGCCGUGCUCUCUCAAAUCACCAACACCGUCCGUCUAUAUGGUACCGACUGCAAUCAGACCGAGAUGACGCUGCAUGCAAUCAAACAGCUCGAACUGACCGACAUGAAACUGUGGCUGGGUGUGUGGAUCGAUACCAACGAGACCUCCACGACCCGUCAAUUGAACCAGCUUUACAAGAUCCUCGACGACACGGAAGACAAGUCCAUCUUUAAAGGAGUGAUCGUCGGUAACGAGGCUCUGUAUCGAGCCGGACCCGAUAUCAAGAGCGCCGAAAAGGUCCUGAUCAGCUACAUCAAAGACGUGACCUCGGAGCUCAAGAAGCGCAACUUGAGUGAUAUGCCCGUGGCCACGUCCGAUCUAGGUGACAACUGGAAUGCGCAAUUGGUCGACGUCGUGGAUGUGGUCAUGUCGAACGUGCACCCCUUCUUUGCGGGGGUCAGUGUGGAGGUCGCGGCCGCCUGGACGUGGGACUUUUGGCAAACCCACGACGUGGUCUUGACCAAGGACACGUCCAAGAAACAGAUCAUCUCCGAGGUGGGCUGGCCCAGUGCCGGCGGGAAGGAUUGCGGUUCAAGUCCCGUGUGCGAUUCCGACACGCCCGGUUCGGUAGCGAGUAUCGACAACAUGAAUUCGUUCAUGGCCGACUGGGUUUGCCAGGCUUUGGAGAAUGGCACGGAUUAUUUCUGGUUCGAGGCCUUUGAUGAGCCCUGGAAAGUCGCGUACAACGAACCCGGCAAAGAAUGGGAAGACAAGUGGGGGCUCAUGGAUUCCGCACGCAAGAUCAAGUCGGGUCUGAAAAUUCCCGACUGUGGUGGCAAGACUGCGUCAUAA